AUGGAAAGAGAAAAUGGUGAAGUAGAAAUGUUUUGUGAUGGGGAUGAAUUUGGUUAUGAUGCUGUUGUUAUUGGGUCAGGAUAUGGCGGUUCCGUUGUGGCUUGUAGGUUAUCCAUGGAAGGUGUUAACGUCUGUUUAAUGGAAAAAGGACGAAAAUGGGAUGCUCAGUACUUUCCAACCACCUGUUUCAAAGUCAUGUCUGAGCUAAGGAUGGAAAACAAGAACUUGGGUGUCAGUUUUGGCCCAAAAGAUGCUUUGUUUCAGGUACAUGUACAGGAUGAUUCCCUAGCGGCACAUGCUUGUGGUCUUGGUGGAGGCUCACUAGUAAAUGCUGGAGUAAUGAUUCCAACUCCAGUUACUGUAAGACGGAACUCGAAAUGGCCAAAGGAAUGGGAACGUGACUGGGAUAUUUGUGAAGCAUCCGCGACAUCUAUGCUGAGAGCACAAAGUAUUCCAGUUGAAUUCCCUAAUGCUAAAGUCAUGAAAGAAAUAGUUGAAGAUGAAAUAGAAGAGUGUUACCCCAACUCCAUCAAGUUAAGCAUGAAUUUCAACGGCGAAGAAUCACAAUCCUCUAUAAAUAUGGGUAGCUGUUUAGCUUGUGGAAAUUGCCUUUCAGGUUGUCCUUAUAAUCCUAAAAAUUCAACUGACAAGAAUUAUCUGGCUUUAGCUGUCCAGUCAGCAAGAAGAGGACUAAGAGUGUCAGAUCAGCUUGGUUGUGGAUUUAGCUGUAAUGGCAAUAAUGUUGGUUUCCUAAUUGGUGGUCCAGCUCCACUGAAUGCUCAUGGAUUGGAGAAACAGCAAUUUUCUAAGACACCAUUUCAGAAUCGUCAUGGACCAUCAAUUUCUGCAUCAUACACUUCUUCUUUGGGGUUCACUAUCCAGAGCGCCGUACUUCCUGCAGCUUUCCCUUCACUGCUAUUCAAGGGAAUAACAACUUAUGGAUGGCCAAUUGGUUGCUGGUUUCUACAUGGGUUGAUAGACAAACUGAAGCGCAUGAUGCGUGUACAAGACAGUCAAGCGAUGGUGCUUAACGUGAUGGGACACGAUGAUAGUGAUGGAAGAAUUACACUUGAAGAGAACACAAACAAGAUUUGUUUUAGUCCACCCCGCGAUCCGAUACUCAACCGAAAAAUCCAAGCUUUUCAGAAGCUUACUAAGAGAUUAGGAGGAAUCCUUUUCAUUUCCAGGUACAGGAGCACAUCGGUUCAUCUCUUAGGUGGGUGCAAUGCUUCGUCAGAUCCAUCCAAAGGCGUUUGCAACUCCAAUGGUCAAGUUUUUGACCCUCGAUGUCCCUCAUCAGUGCAUCCAGGUCUCUACGUAUGUGACGCAUCCUUGAUUCCAUGCUCAAUUGGCAUAAAUCCGUGCCUUACUAUUGCUACAGCUGCUGAGCAUGUAAGUCGAAACUUAGUUCAGGAUGCUCUUAUGUACAAAAGAUCUACCUAUCCAACUGAAAUUUCCACUCCCAAACUUGGUGCCUGCAAGAAGUUAGAAACUGGGAUGAAACCAGCUGUCAUCAUAAGAGAAACCAUAACAGGUUAUUUGGGUGGUAUGCCGUGCACAGCUUAUCUGACAAUGAAAAUGAAUUCCAGUAUCCAGAAUGGACCAAAUGAAUCGAAUUUGGUUUCAGGUGAAUCUCAUCCACUUCUUAGAGGACUUGUUGGUGGGUAUGUUGUUCUGAAAGCUGUGGAGAAGGAUAAACUCCAUGUAAUCAGCGGAGAAGUCGACAUGUGUAGAGUUGAUAGCAGGACUCCUUACACACAAUACAUGUAUUACCAUCUCAUCCUUGCAUCCGCAUCUGGUUCAAGAUAUGUUCUGGAAGGGAAGAAGAUAAUGAAUCCAUAUCUCCUUGGCUUAUAUGCAUGGAAGGAAACUACAACACUACAUGUAACACUGAAAAGAAUUAACGAACGCAGUUCAAAUUCCAAGAAGAUGGAUAUCAAAGGCGAGCUGCAUCUUUCAGUGAUACCCAGAGGAAACCCUGUGCACACAUCUUCAUUUGGUUCUAGUCAGAAGCCUUAUCCCAAAAGUGAUAUCCAUGAGAUGAUGACAGAAGAUGGGUGCAUGAUCAGCUGUAGACAAUGGAAGUGCAAACUGAAUGAGUCGGAGCACCAAGACCAGAGACGGAAAAAUCCGGUUCUCCUGAUAAAUGGGUACUCCGAUGAGAGCUUUUUUUUACCAACUGAGCCAAAAGAUUUGGUUAGAACUUUACUCGAAGAGGGAUACGAAGCAUGGUUACUUCAAGCCAGAUUACAUCCUUUUCAUCCUUCAAACGCUUUCACAAUUGAAGAUAUAGGAAAGUUUGACAUUCCUGCAGCAAUCUCAAAGAUUCUUGAAGUUCAUGGAGAUUCUGUAAGAGUUCAUGUCGUGGCACACUGUGUCGGAGGCUUAGCAAUUCACAUUGCUCUCAUGGGAGGUCAUAUCUCCACAGCACAUAUUGUAUCUCUUUGUUGCACCAAUUCUUCAAUGUUCUUCAAGCUCACCGUGUCUUCGCUAAUAAAGAUGAGACUUCCUCUUAUCCCUAUCUCAAUGAAAAUACUAGGGACUAACACGAUCCUUCCGCUGUUAGCGACUUCAAAGACAAUAAGUCUCCGUCAUCGACUGCUAAAAUGCAUAGCUCGAGUUAUCCCUCGAUACGAAAGGUGCACACUAGACGAAUGUGAAGUCUCUUCAGGCAUAUUUGGCAACACAUUUUGGCACAAAAAUGUAACCUCAACAAUGCAUCAAUGGCUUAACAAACAAAGUUUACCGCAUCUUCCAAUCUCUGCUUUCCCACACCUUCGGAAAAUCUGUUUAUCUGGUUUCAUUGUUAACUCUGAUGGUACCAACACGUAUUUGAUACAUCCAGAGAGAAUGAAGCUUCCAACAACAUACAUUUCUGGUGGCAAAAGUUUACUAGUAACACCAGAAACUUCAUUUCUAGCUAACCAGUAUAUGAAAUUGUAUAAACAUACAAGAGUGGUUUUAGAAGAUUUUGGACAUUCAGAUCUUUUGAUUGGUGAAAAUUCUUGGAAAUUUGUUUUCCCACAUAUUUUAUCUCAUAUCAAAUCAUCUGAAAAUGACGAAGUUAGUGUUCAAGAAAGCAAGUACAGAAAGGAAACCUUGUCAUGGAGUAAGGAUCCCUACGAAGAAAGGAACUCCCCAUUUGGAAUCACAGUUACUCCUUCCAUACUCUUUUGGUUUUUGAUACUGUGUCUGUUUCUUCUUUUGCAAAUGUUGUACUAA